AUGGACCUGUUCCAAUACGAAACCCUAGACCUCACGGGGAAAUCCUUCCGGUUACUUAUGCUCCAUCCUGGAUCCACCGGCGAGAUAUCCUGCGAUAUCUUUGAAGCAAGCCUGGACUCCGACGGCAUUAUCCCCUACGAAGCCUUAUCAUAUGCCUGGGGCAGCAUUGACCUCGCAGCCUCCAUCAUCGCAAACGGCAAGACCCUCCGUAUUACGAACAACUUAUUCACUGCUCUGGCUUAUCUCCGAGACGACCAUGUAAGCAAAGUCAUGUGGAUCGACGCUGUCUGUAUCGACCAAAACAACGUCGCAGAGCGAGGUCACCAGGUCGGACAGAUGGCUGGCAUCUACAGAGGCGCUGAACAGGUCAUCAUAUGGCUUGGCCCGCCUACACAUGAGACGAACCUCUUGCUGGGGUGCCUCAAAGAGCUACAGAAAAGCUUGACCCGUCAGAAAAGCUUGACCCGUCAGAAAAGCCGAGACGACCUUGUCCAGGCACAAGAGCAAUGGUCAAAGAUACGACAGAACUCCGAAAUAGAUCAGGCUGUCCUCGUCGAUCUGCAACGGAAGGGACUUAUUUCCCUCCUCGGGGAGAACUGGUUCACGAGGAUAUGGGUUCUACAGGAAGUUUCGAAUGCACGGGCAGCUUCGAUCUAUUGUGGCAGACGGUCCGUUCAGGCUUACAUGCUCAAUAUUGCUGCGAAGCUCGUCGGCGUGACUCCUGAGGCUGGGUGCCAGGCCGUUCUGGAUCUAUUCCCAACCUCAUCGACCCAGAGAUCCCCAAGAAUGGAUGUAUUGCCAAUUUUGUUGCAAAAGUUUCGAAAGAGCAAGGCAAGCGACCCCAGGGAUAUGGUUUACGCCCUUGUGGCCAUAGCCUCUGACAUCCCGGAAGGUGACUCGGACGGGAUUCUCACGCCAGACUACUUCAAAACCGAGAAGCAGCUCGUUGAAGAGCUCAGAAAAUAUCUGUUUCUUGAUUUGCAAUUUGGGAGGCACAUUUUCGAGUACACAAUGGUAUCGUUCCUCGAAGCCUUACCCCAAGAGACAGAAGGAAUCCUCAGGAGCUUGGUGGUUGAUGGUCUGACAGAGCAUGUCCGUACGCUUCUUGAUAGAGGCCAAAGAUUCACCGUGGAUGGAGAAACGGUCGUCCGUUUGAUGAUAAGAAAGGGCGGUGAUGGUGUCAAACUCCUCUCCGACCUGAUUGGUCUCGAGCACCAGAAUUUGAGAUUCGAUACACAAGGGAUGGCGACCGCGCUUGGGGUCUGCGACUACGCAACGGCAGAGAAGAUAAUUGCCACUCAGUAG